AUGGAAACACAAUGGAAACACAGGGGUUUCCUCUUAGCAAAUUUGCAUAGAGAUAGUUCCGUUGUCCAAGAACUGACGCAUCAGCGUUUGAUUGUUUCUGCCGUUGCCGAAAGGGAAUGGGUAGCCAGUGGUAGUGGUAGGGGUGGUGGUGGUGAUGGUAGUGGUUGGGGUGGUGGGUUGGUUGGCAGUCGUGAGUUGGUUGGCAGUGGUUGGGUUGGUCCUCGUGGUGAUUCUAUUGUUGGUGGUGGUGUUGGUGGGGAUACGAGAAGAGUUGAUUAUGGCAGAGGUGGUGUUGGUCGGGGUAUGGGAAGAGUUGACUAUGGUAGGGAUGGUGUUGUUGAUGAUGUAGUUCUAGGUUCAGGAGGAAGCAGUGUAAAUAACAUUGGUGUUUACUCAGCAGGCAAUUCAGGUUCGUUUCACUAUAACAUUGGUGGUGGUUUAUCGGCUGGUGUUUCGGCCGAUGUUUCGGCCGAUGUUUCAAUUGGUGUCUCGACUGCUGCGGCGGCUGUUUCAGAGGGACGGUUUGAUGAUGUUAUUAGGAAUAAUGAUGAUGUUCUGGAGGAAGUUCCUGUUGGGGUGGUGAUAAGUCAAGUGGCAGCUUCGUGUGUGAAUCAAGCUAAACAAUUUUCUGAGGAGGAGUUGCUAGACUCAACAACUGAAUCUUCAAAGAAAUCGGACGCCGCAACCGUACCACCACAAAAUCAAAUACAGAAAGAGCAAGAGACAAUUGUGGAGAAAAUUGUAGAGAAUGAGAAAGAAAAAGAAACAAAAAAGAGAAUGGGAAAGAAAAAAGUCUCGGGACUGGGCCCAAGAGAAUGA